UUUGUACGUCCACGCAUGUCGCCCUCCAUGGCGGGCAUCAUCAACAUGGCAGCACCGCAAAUGUCUCCCCGCAUCUCGAUGGCGCAUUUGCAUUUGCAUUUGCAUUUGGCCCCUUUUAAAUUGUGAUGCUGCUGCUGGAGCGAGGCGCGUGCAUCCAGCUGCUCCAAAAGUGCUCGAGCCCCGCCGCGGCAACCUUCCUCCACUCGCACAUCCGCCAUUUCCUCCACGCCCACGACGUGUUCGUCCACAACAAGCUCAUCGAGAUGUAUGGGCGAUGCGGCAGCACAGGAAAGGCCAAGCAGAUCUUCGAUUCGAUGGACGAGAGAGAUACCUUCACCUGGAACCUGAUGAUCGCCGCAUUUGCCCGCAGCAGGCAGCUGGACCUCGCGCAGCAAACGUUCGAUCGAAUGCCCAAUCCGGACCUUGUGACAUGGAACACGAUCCUCACUGCCUUCUCGCUUGCCGGGGAUCUCUCGACGGCAAAGCAACGCUUCAACGAGAUGCCGGCGCGGAACCUCGUGUCGUGGACCGCGAUGCUUUCUGCAUAUGCCCGGAAUGGGCAUCUGUUUGGAGCCAAAAGCGUCUACGGCGAGAUUCCGGAGUGGAGCCUCGUGUCGUGGAACGCGAUGCUGGCAGCUUGCACGCAAAACGGUGAUCUCUUGGGCGCCAGACAGGUCUUUGCGUCGAUGGAGGAGUACAGCCUCGAGUCGUGGACGGCUAUUGUCUGCGCAAAUGCCGCACAAGGGCAUCUAGCCGAAGCGAAACGUUUGUUCGACAGGAUGCCCGAGGGGGACAUUGUGUCCUGGACUGCGAUGCUCGCGACUUAUGCGCAGACUGGAAAUGCGUUUCAGGCAAAGAAAGUCUUUGACGCCAUGCCCGACUUGGAUCUCGUGUCGUGGACCGCAAUGCUUGCAGCAUAUGCCAUGAACGGGCAUCUUAACGAGUCAAAGUCUGUGUUUGAUUCUAUGCGCGAGAGGAACCUGUUUUCUUGGACGGCUAUGCUCGCUGUGUAUGCGGGAAAGGGGUUUUUGGAAGAGGCAAAGUUUCUGUUUGAUUCUAUGCCGGAGCGUGAUGCCGUGUCCUGGACAGCAAUGCUCUCUGGAUUUGCGCAAAAUGGGCAUUUGGAAGAGGCCAAGUCGAUGUUUGAUGCAAUGAACGAGCGCCAUCUUUUCUCGUGGAACGGGCUUCUUUCCGCAUACGCUCAAAACGGAAAUCUCGAUCAAGCACUCAAGAUAUUCGAUCGAAUGCACGAGCGCAACACAAUCUCGUGGAACGCUGUCCUUGCAGCGUACUCUCAAAACGGCCAUCCCUCGACUGCAAUCCAGAUCUUCAAAGAGCUCAAACUCCUGGGCGAUCCUCCAGACGAGAUUGCCUUCCUUUGCAACCUCAUCGCAUGUAGCCACGGAGGAAAACUCCGCAAUGCCGGCGACUCGUUUCGAUCCAUGGUCUCGGACUUUGGAAUCCCGCCGAGCAAGCUACACUACCGGUGUCUGAUCGAUCUCCUGUGUCGCUCGGGAUACCUUGGCGAGGUGGAGGAGCUGCUGGCAACGAUGCCAUUCUUCCCGGAUUCGUGGGACUGGACUUGCUUUCUCGGUGCUUGCAAGGGUCACCGAGACGUGGAUCGAGGGAGCCGAGCGACAAAGAGGGCCAUGACUCUCGAUCCAGAGAACCCCGCUCCAUACGUCUUCAUCUCUAACAUCUUCCAGGAGCUAUAGUCCUGCCAAACACGAUUUCUUAGAAAACAACUUUACAAAGACUUUAUCUGCGAGGGAAAGAUAUACUAGACUAUAGCAUGGGUUGUUUUAGCAUGGGUUAGCAUGGGUUGUUUAAAAAAGUUGGUAAACCUUGUGAUUU